UGGGUCACUGGCUGGGGCGCGGUCCAGGAGGGAGUGUCAUUACCGUUCCCUGAAACUCUGCAAGAAGUGGAGGUGCCAGUUCUGGGGAACAGACAGUGUAACUGUCUCAAUGGAGUCGGCACAGUCACAGACAACAUGAUCUGUGCUGGUGUUCUGGCAGGAGGCAAAGACUCAUGUCAGGGUGACUCAGGAGGUCCGAUGGUGAACAAGCAGGGCCCCGUCUGGAUCCAGUCUGGAAUAGUUAGUUUUGGUUUUGGCUGCGCUCGGCCCAAUCUGCCGGGAGUGUACGCCAGAGUGUCCAGA